AUCAGGGAAUUAAAACCUAUCAAGAAGCCUGAAAAUAACUUUAGAAAAAAAGAGAGGAAAAAGCAGAGACAUUGUAUUAUGUAAUGAUCGGUUUUUGUGGUAAAUUCAGAGCUUCUUUCCCUGGUUUAUGGAAAGUUUAUCGCAUUGUUUCCGUGAAAUCCGUACUAAAUAUCACUCAAAGAGCUAUCCAGAUGUCAGAUUCAAAGGUGAAAGUCCUUUUAGCCUUAGACUUUGACCACACUAUAAUAGACAACAAUUGUGAUACAUACAUAUACAAGUUGGCUCCAGGGCACAAAAUCCCUGAUGACCUAAAGAGCCUAUAUAGGAAAGAUGGAUGGACACAUUACAUGGGUGAGGUAUUCAAAUAUCUCCAUCAGAAUGGUAUUACCAAAGAAAAACUUCUCAACUGCCUGAGUGAAAUCCAGUUAACUGACAGCAUGAGAGAGCUGUUACUAGGUGUUCCCAGAGAUGCUACAGAAUUUAUUAUUAUCUCUGAUGCCAACUCAGUGUUUAUAGAUCAUAUUCUCAAAAAUGUGGGAUUGAGAGACCUGUUUCAUGAGAUAUUCACCAACCCAGCAGAAUUUAGUAAAGAUGGCUCCUUGCACAUAGAAAUGUAUCACCACCAAGACUGGUGCACGCUCAGCACCAAGAAUCUGUGCAAGGGCUCCAUCCUGAACAACUAUGUGAAGGUGCGGGGAGAGGAAAACAUCACCUUCUCCACCAUCGCAUAUGUGGGCGAUGGCACCAAUGACUUCUGCCCCAGUCUCUACCUCAGAGAAUGCGACAUUGUGUUCCCUCGGUGUGGCUACAAUCUUCUUAACUUUAUACCCAAGAUGGAGGCAGAGAAAGGGAUGAAGCUGGCAGCUGAUGUUUGUCCCUGGGACUCGGGGAAGGACAUCCUAGAGAGACUGCUGCCUUGUUAUGAUGAUCCCAUGCUCUCUCAUUUACCCCAUCCCAGACUUAGAAGUCCAUCACAAAGAGACUAGAGAAUCCUCUUCUUCCUCCUUUUCUUUAGACAGUUUUUUUACCAACAUAAUCUUCCUUGAGGAGUUUUUUUCCCCCACUACUUUUCUCCAUUCCUAUUGAUUUUCUUUUAUCUUCCUCUGCCUGUUCCUUUUCAUGUGUUCUUUUUCUUCUUUUCUCUCCCUCUUUAUUCCUCAAAAUCUUAAUUCUCCUUUUAUUUGACCAGUUCUUUGAUAUUGUAAAUAUGUGUGCUUCUUUAAUAUUUUAUUAAUGUCUAUGUAUUCAUCAUGCUAUUUAUCUCUUGAUUUGUUUUAUACCAUGUUAUAUAUUCAUUAUACUUACAUAGGUCAUUGUAUCAGCAGUAUUCUAAAAAAAAACAAGGAAGAGUUUUAUGAAUGUAAUUUGAUAUAUGAGUCAAAUAUAUGUAUGUAUAUUUACAUGUAUGUGUGUGUGUGUGUGUGUGUGUGUGUG